AACAGGUACUGUCCAUCCAAACUGACAUCGAAAUGUUGGAUUCUGACGACGGAGGACGCGCUGACCUUGAGGAUUUAUACGUCACUACAAAACUAACGAUCCAAGCACAGCUAGUGGAGGAUCACAACAUUUCGCUUGCGGAAACGAGCUGCGUUGUUCAACAUACCAAAAAGCUACCACAACUGAAGUUGCCAACGUUUAAUGGCAAGUAUUCGGAGUACCAGAAUUUUAUUACAUCAUUUAAGCAAAUAAUUUACAAAGAAUAUAGUCUCUCUAAUAUCGAAAAAUUCAAUCAUUUGCGAAAUUCACUUCAAGGUCAGGCUUUAGAAACAGUAGAUGCAUUUCAGGUGACCAACGAAAAUUACCCCAAGGCAUUGGAAAGGCUGAAGGCAAGAAAUCAGAUGAACAAACAAACAGGAAGUGGAAGGAGUCAUUGGAUUUUAAGACGCUGCCGACGUGGGAUGACUGUGUGAAGGUGUUGGAGAGGAAUUGCCAAUAUUUGGAAUCGAUGGACAAUGCAUCCGGUUUUCAGGGAACGAGCAAAGCCA